UUCGCCCAUAAUCCAUUGAUAAACAACCUGAGAAGAUCGCAGGUCAAAGCCACAGACUUUAAAUAAAAAGUAGUGAACAAGCUGAUCCGGACGUUUCCCUCUGAUCUCUGUGGAUUUACUGAAACUACUUGAACGCUUGUUUUUACACUUUUUGUCAUCGCUGCUGAAUCUUAUUAGUAACUCGAGUCCUUGGCUAAUAGCAGCUAGCUGUUAGCGCUGCUAGCCCCACAGUGGAAACAGGAACUGUCUCUGUGACAAAGUGAUAAAGGAGAAUAUCUGAGCCAUGUCUGGACCGAACGGAGAUCCGAGCAUGUCUAUGGAGGACGGCAUCAUUAACGAUGAAGAUGACUUCGGUGACGGAGAGUACAUGGCCAUCAACUCCAUGCUUGAUCAGAUCAACUCCUAUCUCGACGGCCUGGAGGAGCGCAACGACUCGCUCAACGGCAAAAUGCACGAACUGCUGGAGUCAAACCGACAGGCCCGGCUGGAGUUCAGGGCCCAGCUGCUUGGCUCUGAAAACCAGGAUGAGAAUCAACCCUCAGACGGCAAGGAGGAGCUGAAGGAAGAUGAUGGGGGCUCGCAAAUGAGCGACAAGAGCGAGUAGACAAGUGGGGACCAAAAAAUGCGAGGAUAGAAAUAUUUAUUGAAGACGUCUCAACUGACCCUUGAUCUGCGUGGUCCAUAUCUGUGAAUAUUCACCCCCAUCUGCAGACGUGUGCUCGACUGUGAUAUUUUGAAUCUCCUUGAUCUCUGAAUGCAGUUCAGUUUAUCUCCUUUGUUGAACUGUAGUGCUCCGGUGUGUUGCUCCCGAGCAGAGCGGAGUUCAUUGACCUCCAGCAGCUUCUACAUUAGUUACUUUGCACUCUGGUUGCAGAAAUGAGAUAUGUGAAAUGAGUUUGUCAUGUGAAAAGCUGCAUCCAUCGGUGCAGAGUUGUUUAUGUUCACGUGAGACAUCAUGGAGACAGUUCCUACAACCAGAAAUAUAACUAUAAAUAAUAUAACUAAUAAUAUAUUAAUGAUCUGAAUUAAUAAUGUGGCAUCAUUACUAAAUAAAACAAACUUUAAACUACAGGUUCAUGUUCAGAUUCACAAAAAAAUCAAAUCAUGUUUGAUCUCACUGAAGGAUUUGACUUGUAUGACAAUUUUUUCAAGAGGGCAGAGAUUUGAAUACUUAACCCCUGCACUCUGUCAGUAGUGAUCUGUUUAACAAAUUAACUGUAUGUUAAAAAGGUCAUCACAGAUUUCCCACAAGUCUUCAUUACCUAUCAGUGUUGUGUUUUGUCAUAGAUUUAAAAUCUCUGUAUAUUAUCUUCCCAAGAAAAUAAUAUAUGCAACAUUCCAUUUGUCUACUAGUGUUUAAUGUUUGAUCUUUAUCGUGACUGUAAGUCUACGCAGUGCUGUCUGGUUCAUUUUCAUGAAGUCGGUUGUUUCUAGUUAAAAACCAAGUCGACAAACUGGGAAUUGUCAGACAUUUUAAUUUAAAUUAAAAGGGACCCACCCCCCCUCCCCUCCAAACAGAAAACAAACAUCCAAAAAUACAUUAAACUUCCAGCAAUUAGAAAACAUCAACUGCUUGUUUGUUUGUUCAACUCAGUUUUGUCAGUAGCUGAAUAAAAAUACAAUAAGAAACAUACAGCUUUGUUGGAAAUUAUCUUUUGCACGUCCGUAUCUCCGUUUCGGAGCCGAAGCCUCGUGUCUCGUUCUCGCAGGACAGAACGUCGUACAAUACUAAUCACGUGACGACGGGAGUUGCUACGCGUCAGCCAGCCGUCUGUGGUUUAAAGCAUCCUCCUGUAAUGUGGAAGAGGAACUGUUUCCAGAUCAACACAUGAGUCAUGAAGAAGGAAAUAACACAUCCUCGAAUAAAUAUGUGCGUCUUGUACCUCAUGACUGAUGAAAUCCUGAAACCAAAUAUAAAUAUUUGUAUCAUCUGUAACUGGGGUAUUUCUCUAGUACUCUUGUUCCUGGUGAUUCACGUCUGAGCUGAAGAUUCACAAUAACACUUUGUACUAAAUUAAAUUUCUACAGACGC